AUGAUGCAGCGCGGCAUUCUCAAUUCCUCGAAAUCAUUAUACUCUGUUGUACGUAGCGCAAUGUCUUCUUCUGACAGCUCUAAGAGUUCAAUAUACGAAUUCACCGCUAAAGAUAUUGAUGGUGUAGAUGUCUCUUUGGAGAAAUACCGUGGUUAUGUUUGUUUAAUUGUUAACGUUGCUUUUUGGUGGACAAAAGCAGAGAUCAAGAAGUUUGUGACUGAAAAGUUUGGCGUACAAUUUGAUAUGUUCUCAAAAAUAAAUGUUAAUGGGCCUGACGCUCAUCCCCUUUAUACAUUCCUUAAAACUAGAUUAGGUGGUACCCUGACAAGAUCGUCAAGGCCAACCAUUCAAGAGAUAUUCUCCUAUGACUGCUCCAAUGGACACUGUGGAAGAUAUCCGGAAACUUUUGCAUAA